GAGUGCGCAGCCGUCGCCUUCCGUAGCCAUUUUGGCUCAAGUCCGCUGGCACUCAAGCGUGACACACGUGUGCUGCAGGCUCAUGCCUGCUGUGAUCUAGAGGAGGAUCGGCGCUGGAGCACACUCUUGCCGGGGCGGGCAACGGACCACGUCGUGCAGGCCAUGACUGGGCAGAACAUCGUGACCCAUUCGCGGGACGGCGACGCGGAAGUGGCAGCCUCUCUUGAUCAGCAUCACUUGGUUUGUGCAGGCGGGCGUGUCGAGGAUGAUUUGGCGGCCGCACGCUGCAGAGCGGAGUAUGCAUCAGGCGGUCAGUGUUGUUUCCUCUUAUCUGGCGGACGUGUUGGCAGUCUUCUCGCAGUGGCAGUUCUGGGUGUGGCCGCUGUUCUCAGCGUGUUAGCUAGUCGCUCGCUCAUAUCCAGACCCACUCAUAUUCGGAGUGCGUCCAUCUCGUCCAACUCUAGCCUUGGAGCAGCACUGUGCAUUGUGGGCCAGAUGUCGCGGUUGGAGAUUGAGAGCAAGAUCCGCAAUAUAAUCGAGCCAUUGUCAAAGUUUACAAAGGUAGAUGUGUUCUUGUCUCUGGAGCUCGGCGGUGACGGGCACUUCUUCAACGCUGCAACAUCAAACGUCGAAGUUGCCCACUGCCGCGGUUCGAAUUUGGAUGCGGAUGGGGUAAAAGCAGCGUUUGCACCGUAUUUCAGAGGUGGAGCGUUCGAGAACCAUUCGGGCGUGAAUGUCACUCUGAAGAGAUGGCCGAAUUUGUACAAACAUUUGCACGGCAUGUCAGAACACAAACGGAGGUCAACAAUUUCCAACAAUUUCUGCCAAAUGAGACACCUGAACGAUUGCGCGGAGCUUAUCAAAAAGAGCGAGGAGUCUUCAGGGGGCAAGCUAUACGACAUCAUCGUAAAAGUCCGCGACAACACCAUCGCAUUGCGUCCUGUGGUGCCGCAGAAGCUCCUAUCAAUCAGAGAAGUCACCCUCAAGCAUUGUUGUUGGUGGGGUGGCGUCAAUGAUAAAGUGAUGGCGCUUCCGCGCGAGUAUCUCGAGAAGAGCUUGGGUACCAUAUAUCGUUCCAUGCUGGCCGUCAAUAACGUCGAUCACGAUCACCUCGACCUCUUCCUGAAGGACUUGUCGCUGUCUAAGAACACGGAACAGAUUCUGUUGUUCACGCUCACCGGAAAUAAGAUCCCUUUUCGCGAGAGGACGUUCGAGGCAGGGGAUAGAGAUGGUGACGACUACCUGCCCUUCGUGGACGGCAGGUGCUCUGCCAGCGGGGCGUCAGCAGGCGAGGGGCGCUGGUGCAUCGUGUCUCACUGCAAGGACUGCUGGCCGAGCACGCCCUGGACGUACAACGUCACGUGCGAGCUGGCCGCGACUGGCCUGGAGGCUCCGGCGGCUUCUGGCCCCAGCGCGUCUCUCGAGCAGGCGCCCGCAAUCCCGACCCCGAGCGCGCGUGCAAGAGCCCGGUCUACAGGUGACCGGGCCCGGCGGCUCGAUCGGGCUGCCGCGGCGGGCCCGCGUCGCCCCGCGGCUCCCUCGCCCGGGCCUGCGGCGGCGGCCCCGCCGUCUGGGUGCAGAGUGGGGGGCCGGACGACGCGGGCGAAGGAGGUGCACGCUUUUUGACGAGAGUCAAGAUCGGAGCGGCGUGCGGGCAGAUUGGGCCAGUUUGAUUGCCGCCAGUUUCCGUCGAACGCGUGCGGAGCAAGGGCCCGACGGUGAUGACGGAUCAUUGUGCAGGCAGUUGCACGUCUCGUGGAGGAUGUUGCGGGUUUAUUCCCGUCUUCUACGUCGUGAAUUCUUUUAUCCGUGUCGCGCCCCCGUCUACUCAUUCCGUCCUCCUCCUCCUCCCUCCUUCUCCAUCUCACAACAUGUUGAUUGUUUCUCCUAUGGGGUCCCUCUCUCCUGUGCGCGCGCCGCGAUGCCGCCUCGCCGCAGGCUUUUGUCUCCCACCCUCGGGCCACCCUUUUGAGAGGGAAGAGCUCUUGGGUCCUCUCGGCCUCGUCUUGCCUCAUCGUGGCGCCCGGGUUUUCCUGGUGGCCGCUGGCGGCCGUUUCGAGGGGCCCUGGUUUUCCGCGGAGGAGUCCUGGGGCCAUAGGCCUCGUUCGGCCUGACCUCGCCCUGGGAGAAGCUCGGCCGCGCGGUGCUGGCGGCGCUGGCGAGAGGCAACACGGGGCGGUGAGUUCAAUGGGGCUCAGCCGCCCCGCUGGUGGGCCCGCGAGGCCCCGCUCGACAAUACCCUGGUGGAAGCGGCGUGGCACAAAACAAGAGGGGAUCCCA